AUGGGCAACACCCCGUCUUCGGUGGCGCAGGGCCCGACUCUCGGGAAUGAACUGACCUCUCUGCCUUCCCAUCGUCUACAUCGACGCCGCGACAACAGCUGUGCAUACCUAGUUUCUGGCCCUCCAUCACAGGACUUACCAGUACACGACUCUUACGUUCUGGACAUGUCGACAGACACGGCACUUUGCUGCGGCUCACCUCCUCAAAAUGGCAUUGCUGCCUUCAUAUCAAGGGAAGAGGCACUGAUGAAGGCGCGAUACUACAAAGACAGGAAUCCAGAGCUGGCGAAGCAGGCAUAUUUGUUUGCUCUCAACUUCCAGUCUCCUAAGUUGUUCGGCAAACCACAACGGUUCGACCGUCCAAACACUCCGCCUAGUUGUGGGUGUGCCUUCGUCAGAUGCACAAUUCCCCAACCCGUCAGUUCUUGCUGGGCCUCGAGCCAGUCUGAGCCACAGCUGGCUGGAGGAGUGAAAGGGAAGGCGGAGACGCUGCGGAAGAUGGGGAGUGCGGAGGCCGUGUCUACUGCCAUCCCAAGUGGCACAGUUUCUCGCUUGCACACCGAUGAUCUGGAUGAGCUGGUAGUACACAAUCCCAUGGCUCAAAGGCUGCACUUUGGGGAUCUAUCAUCUAGGCCUACAGGGAAGGAGGAGCUUGGGCAGCUUGAGGACAAUGAUUUCAAGGCUGAGGUACAUGCGGAACUCGCCGAGCUUCAUCUCAUGUGCGGAGAGCCCCUGGAUGCCAUUGAGUGCUAUAAAAACGCUGCUGCACUUGCGCCGUAUCAGCUAGCGUACUCCUACAGAAGAGGAGUCGUAUUACAGCAGCUGGGGGAGCGCGAGAGGGCCAUCUCUUGCUUCCGCGGAAUCUUGGAAAAUGACUCAACCUACAAGCCCGCAAUCUUCAACUUGGGUGUCUGCCUGGCAGAAGACCCACAUACACGCGCGGAAGCCCUGGGGACUUUCGAGCACUUGCUCGCUAUUGAUCCUAACAAUGAGAGCGCCCUGGAUAUGAUUGCUGACAUCCACGAGAAGGACGGUCGCAUGGCAGAGGCGUUUGCUGUAAAGCAGCGAGUUGUUACUCUUGACCCUUCGAACUUCAGGGCAGCCAGGGACCUGUCCAGACUAGAGUCAACGCUUGCGGAUAGGGGAGAAGUGCCUGGAUAUAUCACUCUCAACUGA